CCCCCCCCCACCCUUUCUUUUCUCUGCUCGUAUUCCGCAGCCCCGGAUGUAGCUUGGUGAACGUGGUUCGUCGUGUUUAUUCACUUCAUCCCCCGCAAUUUCAAUAUCCGCGCCCAUGUCCGAGUCCUUCGAGUCCGAAGCGGCGGUGAUCCACGAUCCCGCCAGCAUGGCGCAGGAGCGGGAGUUCUACAAGUACUGUCAAUUGCCUCAACGCCCAGGACUGCUGCAUCGCCCGCCCACUACCCCCUCCUCUGAGGAAGCCGAAGAAGAAUUGCCUCAAUCGUCCCAAGACACCACCCUAACCGCCCUCGCUCAACUUGGUGCCUUGCGACUCAACGCUCGGCGCUGCAUGAUUUCCCUCUUCGACCGUCAUACUCAGUACAUUCUCGCGGAAGCCACCCGUACCCUCAGCCUUCAGGAUGAUCGCGUCCACAAGGAUGGAGAUGCUCUUUGGCUAGGGAGCAGUGCCAUCCAGAAGUGUGAUGGUGUCUGCCACUAUGUCUGCGACUAUGAACAACUCAACGCCGGUGACGAGUCACUGAGCAAUGGAGGGGGCCCGUUUGCGCUAGUCAUUCCCGACAUGACUAAGGACGAUCGAACCAAGAACCGCGGUUACGUCGUGAACGCCCCAUUUCUCCGCUUCUACGCCGGCGUGCCCAUCCAUAGUCGUCGCGGCAUCGUGAUUGGCGCUUUUGCCGUCAGUGACGGGCAGACGCGACCGGGCCUCGACGAACUGGAACUACGUUUUAUGAAGGACACAGCCGCCGCAAUCAUGAACCAUUUGGAGAUGGUACGUUCUCAGCAACAGAACCUGCGCGGAGCCAACAUGAUUGCCGGUCUGGGGCGCUUUCUCGAAGGGGGACUGUCCUUGCCCCUCGGGCUGCGUAGCAAGAGUACCGACAACCGGGACCUUGCAGACAAACAGUUACACUUGCGCUGGAACCAUGCUACACGGACGCCGGGGUUUUCGUCGCCUCGGGACCCUCGUGAGCGCCGGGAUUCGCGGGAAUCGAAGGAGCAGAAGGAAUUGAAAGAGCCGAGCGCGCCCAAGGAAGCGUCGUCGCCUUCAGGGUACGAAGGAAGCCGCACUGCGGAUAAUGCAACAACCAAAAAGAGCCCCUUGACCAAGACACUAUCGACCGGCACCCGAGAAAUCCUCAAUCGUGCGGCGCACGCUCUACGCGAAUCCUUGGAUGUCGAGGGAGUGGUAUUUUUUGACGCCAGUGUGCGCUCGUAUGGCGGGCUUAUGCAGAGCGGAGAGGCCCGUCAUUCCGAUCUGGAGAUCAGUACUACUUCCGGCUCGGGCGAGUCUGGUAGCGACAGCGAACACUCCACCGUCGGUCAUUCGUCCACCGAGACGGACGAGGCGGCGCUUUGUGAGGUCCUCAGUCUCUCUACCGACCCGGAGGAUGCGAGCUUUCCGGUCGGGUCCUUCCACGAAAGCUAUCUGCGGUCGCUUCUGCACCAUCAUCCCCGCGGUGGGAUCUUCAAUAUCGACGAAAAUGGAUGGGUCUCGUCUAGCGAAGGCAGUGAUGGGGCGACAGGGAGUGCACUGACUCGGGAUAUUGUCUAUCGGCGUCGAGAGGCCACACAGGGCGGGAAGAGUGGCCUCCGAAGCAAGCGGCAAAAACUCACCUCCCGCGAUGAGUGUAAGGCUUUGCACAAGGUCUUUCCUCAAGCACGGAGUGUCAUUCUGUUCCCAGUCUGGGAUUCGCGUCGCAAUCGAUGGUUUUCAGGGUUGUUUGCGUGGACCACCUCUCCGCGAGCUUUCAGCUCCCGCGGCGAAUUGGCUUACCUGUAUGCCUUUACCAACAGCAUCAUGGCCGAGAUCCAUCGGUUGGAUAUCGAGCUCGCCAACAAGGCGAAUCGGACGCUGGUCAGCAGCAUCUCGCACGAACUGCGCAGUCCCUUGCACGGUAUUCUCGGCAGCACCGAGCUGCUGACCGAUUCCAGCAUGACGCCACCGCAGGUUGCUCUCGUGCAAACCAUCGAGAACUGCGGUCGCUCGUUGCUCGACAUCAUCAACAACAUGCUGGAUUUUGCGAAGAUCAACCAGUUCACCCGCAAGUCCCGAUCUGGGCGUUUGAAGGCAGGACCGGCCUUGGCCCGACGACAUGCGAACUCCGGGCGAGCGCUGGCGACGAAGCGACCGAGCGAAGGCAUUGUCAACCUCAUCACCGAUGUUCAACUCGACUCGGUUCUCGAGGAGGUCAUGGACACGGUCUUUGCGGGUCACUGCUUUGCCACCACCACCGGGUUCCUGGCCCAAGGGGGUCCUGUACUGACCGAUCAAGACAAGGAUGGUGACUAUCUAAUGGGCAAUACCCCGCAGAAACCCCGGACAAACGAGCCUUUGACGGUCAUUUAUGAUGUGGAACCAGGAAUGACGUGGCUCUUCGAAACACAGGCAGGUGUAUGGAGACGGAUUUUGAUGAACAUCUUCGGCAACGCCUUGAAGUACACACGGUCCGGUCACAUUGUGGUCUCUCUGAAAUCUGCCAAUGCUGCUGGUACCAAGCCCAAGCGGAUACCAUUUACUGAUCCUUUCAAGCACGAGGUGGCUGGGAUCGUCCUCAGCGUGAAGGAUACCGGACAGGGCAUUGACAAAGAGUACCUCAAAAGCAACAUCUUCAAGCCGUUUUCCCAGGAGGAUCCCCUGUCUCCCGGAAGCGGCUUGGGACUGAGCAUUGUGUAUCAGGCGGUGCAGACCAUGGGAGGGAAAAUCGAUAUCAAUUCCACUCGGGGAAUGGGUACGGAAGUAACGGUGAGUGUCGAUCUGCUUCGGAGCCCGAGCCCGGCUCCCAGUAGUGAUCGAGAGGCGCGCACAAUUCAUAAAGCGCAGCAGUUCUCUCGGGGGAAGUCGAUUGGGCUACUUGGGUUCAAUGGGCCCGAGAGGGCGAAGGACGAGGGGCUUGCACUGUUGCGGACCUCGCUCAGUAGCAUUUGUCAAGACCACCUUGGCAUGCAAGUCGGCAUGGUCUCGUGGGAUUCGAGUGAUGCGCCGCUCUACGACGUCUACCUGGUGCAGCAUUCGGACUUCGGUCGCGUCGAUAGCACCUGGGCCAGUAUGGCGGGCAAGGCCUUGACCAUCGGGCAGGAGCCCAAGGGCCGACCACCCGUAGUCGUCGUAUGUCCCACCCCACAGGAGGCUCAGAGGAUGGCCUCCACCGGUUACCGUAGCCCCUCGUCUGCCAUCUAUGAGUUUGUCAGCCAGCCGUGCGGACCGACCAAGAUCGCGACGGCGGUAAUGACCUGCAUUCAGCGGCGCGAGCAGCAGCAGACGCAGUCGGUGACGGCCAAAAUGGAUGCUACGCUAGAGGAGGAACCCGGUACGCAGCCAACCAAGUUCACAGCGGCCUAUCACGCCUCCACCACAGACGUACAGACUAAGACAUCGUCAGGUAUGGACAUUGCGCUGACCACCUCCACCACCAUGGUCUCGACGACCACAUCCAGCAAGGGGGAUUCAGUGACCAAGAUCUUAGCGAUCGAGACGACGAAACGAGCGCCUGCGGUCCUCCUUGUGGAUGACAAUGAGGUGAACCUGAAAUUGCUGGUUGCCUUCAUGAAGAAAGCGAAACUGUCGUAUUUCACGGCAACCAACGGCUUGGAAGCCCUGGAGGUAUUCAAGGCUAAUGCCGGACUGAUUCAGAUCAUUCUCAUGGAUAUUUCCAUGCCGGUCAUGGAUGGUCUCGAGUCUACACGGCAGAUACGUCUCUUCGAGAAAGCACAGGAAGAACUUAGCCCGACGAGCAUGCCGUCAGCCAAGCCCGCAGUGAUCAUUGCUCUGACCGGACUGGGCAGUGCUACCGUCCGCCACGAAGCCCUCACUCACGGGGUGGACCUCUUCUUGUCCAAGCCGGUUCGGUUCCAGGAGCUUAUCAAGCACAUCGGCGAACUCGUUCAUUGACCUUCUCAUCCCUGCCUUUCCUUCUCUUCUUCGACGCAAAAGUUUCCACAUACCCCUUUUUGUAUUGAUGCGACGAUUUCUGGGUGAUGUAUAUAUACGUGUGAUGAGCAUUAUAUGGAAGGCGCAUAAGAGACUUCCUGUGAUAAUAGAUAUAUACCAAUAUAUGUCAUAU